AUGGAUACCAUUACUGACUUCCCCCACCCGACCUUGGGUAUCGUGAGAGGUUGGACUUCGCCUUCCACCCGCCAAUUUCUAGGGCUUCGUUAUGCUACCCUGACUGGGAAAUGGGCGCCCCCUGUGAUUUCAGAAGGCGAUCCGAAAGGGAUCGUGGAUGCCACAACCCUGGGCCCCUCUGUCCCGUCGCCACCAAACGGUAUUGACAUUGAGUUCAGUCGCAUUCAAAGACCACUCCCACAUCCCGAGCUCCAGCAGUCCGACGUCGAAUGCCUCAAUUUGAACAUUACGACGCCCAAGGCUGUCUCAGCCGGAGUCAACCUGCCGGUGAUUGUCUUUAUUCACGGAGGAGGAUUUGCGAUUGGCGCCAAUUCCUGGCCUCAGUAUGAUUUUCGUCGUCUCAUUGAACUCUCGGUAAGGGAACAACAGCCUGUAAUUGGGGUGAACAUCAACUAUCGUCUCGGGGCACUCGGGUUCUUGACCUCCAAGGAGUUGGUUUCCCACGGAUACAAACAGAACAAUGGGCUCCUUGACCAACGCACUGCCUUGCUAUGGAUAAAAAGGCAUAUUGUCGGAUUUGGAGGCAAUCCUGAUGAUAUGACGAUUGUUGGUCAGAGUGCUGGUGGAGGUCUGUUGUAUCCCCGACUUCGGUACAAGCCGUGGGUUGACACUGGUGCUGUCGUUUUAGUUUCCGCAACACAUCAUCUUCAGUCGGAAGUGCCCUUGUUCAAACGGAUGGUCAGUAUGAGCGGCACGAACCUACUCCUGAAACCGCUUCCUGAGCAGGUAACCGAGUGUACAUACAAAGCCAUUGUCGCUCGGCUAGGCCUAGCCUCAUGGCCAGCUACUGAGCGAGUCAACGCGCUGGUGCAAAUGGAUACUCAAAAGCUGCUUCAGGCCAGUUCACCAACUGACGCCCUACUUCCAGCAGUCGGAGGGAAGCUGGGUCUCAACCCGCAUACAUAUGCUGGAUUUCAUCAAGGCUCCUCUGGCUCGCUCAAUAUUCCAGGCCGCAAGUGGUGUGAAGAAAUCAUGAUUGGCGACUGCCAGAUGGAUGCGAGCAUUCUGUCUACGAUGCUAAAUCAAGAGAAAGAGGGGAUCGCGUCCGCCUUCCGCGAAUCCUUAACGCGAUCAUUGGGCUCGGCAGAUAAAGCAAAACAGGUCCUCGCAGCAUACGCCAUUACCGAAGACAUACCCGGCGACGACGCAUUCGAAGCGAUUCUCCGGUUUGCAAACGAUAUCUCCUUUUUCAUACCCGUCCUCAAUUACGGGCAGUGCUGGUCUGGAAAAGCCUUUAUAUACCACUUCAACGAGCCUAACUCCUGGGAUGGCCCCUGGAAGGGCUAUGCAACUCAUAUCCUGGACGUCUCCUAUCUAUUUCAGAACUAUAAUGAGGCACUUUCAGAGCCUCAGCGUGCAGUUGCAUCUCAGUUUGCGCUUGACUUGAUUGCGUUCUCUAGUGGAUGUGCACCAUGGCCCAAAUUCAAGUGGGAGACGAAGGACUUACAUGCUCGAUUGUAUGGGGGGAAAGGCGCAGACACCUCAGGGAAAGUUGCCACCGUUCUGAUACCCCAUUCCAGUACUGAACGCAGUGGAACAAUUUUCAAUCUAACGCGCAGUAUCCCAGCGGAUGACUUAUCGAGGGCUUGGGGAAUUUUCAUGGCCGGCCAUUGA